AUGACGCUUUACAAACCGAAGGAAGCCACAAUUCAAGGGCAAACACGUUCACUUAAUAUAGUUAGUGAUGAGCAACUACAAUCAUUUAUCAGGUCAACCUUAUGUGAUAUUGAACAGUUGAUUGAAAAUAAACAAUUGACAUCGCACAGUAAACCAUUACUAGUAGUUGCAUGUGGUUUAUUAGCCAUUGACCUUUAUGAUAUAGCAGUGCAAAACGAUAUGAGCAAGAGCAUGCCAAAGCGUUGCGACCGAAAAGAUGUUGUUAUUAUUGGAAAUGGUCCAUCUGCAAUUACUUUAUCCUAUAUUUUAUCGGGGAAUUGGCCAUAUUGGAAUGGAUGUGCAAUGUCAAAUGAAUAUUUGAAUAUCAAAUUAGAACAAUUUGUUAAAGAUAAUUCACUCUUAGAACAGGAUUUAGAAUUGUUAUCAGAUGGUUUAGAAGGUCGUACACGUAAUCCAAUAGCAUUAUUAUUGGAUUUUUUACUACAUCCAGAUGCAGAUCUUGGCACUAAUUCACCAACAAAGUUAAACUGGAAGCAUGUUUCAAAUCAACAUAUUGAUCAUGUGUGUAUUGGACGUGGAACUCCCGGUGGUGUGUGGAAUAAACUUACAUCUCAACAUCUAUCAACAGUAUCACUCGCAAAUUGGAUGGAAUUACCUAACUAUUCAUUUUCAGAGUUUCGGCAAUCAAGACGGAGUAGUUCAAAUGAAAAUAGUGAUAUACAACAACAUCAACAAGAUUCCAAACGUGCCACGUAUGAUGAAGUUCGUCACUAUUACAAAGAUUAUGUAAGACGUCGUCAAUUACAAAAGAAUUUUCUCAAUAACCGUGAAGUGACAUCGAUACAACGUGUUUGCGCGGAACCUGCUUAUUAUGAUGAGGUGAAAGAUGAAAUACAUCCAACAGAACUAUUGUGGGAAAUAAGAGGCUACAAAACAGAUAAAGAACAAACACCAUUUUGUCUACAUGCAAAACAUGUUGUAUUAGCGACAGGCACAACUCAAGAGCAAACACGUUCACUUAAUAUAGUUAGUGAUGAGCAACCACAAUCAUUUAUCAAGUCAACCUUAUGUGAUAUUGAACAGUUGAUUGAAAAUAAACAAUUGACAUCGCACAGUAAACCAUUACUGGUAGUUGGAUGUGGUUUAUCAGCUAUCGACGUUAUUCUAUUGUGUGAAAAAUAUUCCAUACCAGUGAUGCACGUAUUCCGGAAAGCCAUCGAUGAUCCAGAUUUGGUAUUUAACAAAUUAUCGUCGAAUCUUUAUCCGGAUUAUGAAAAAUUAUAUGAAAAAAUGAAACACGCUAUUAAGCAACAGCAACAACAGUUAGCAAAUACGCAAAAGUCUUCUCCGUUGUAUCAAUGUUUCCAUCAAUGUGAUAUUAUAUCAAUUAAUGAACAUAGCACUGUGAUACGAGAUUUGAAAUUAUCAACAAAAGCUCAAUUGGUUCAGUAUGAGUACGAUAUAUCCUAUGCAGUUAAACUGACUGGACCAGAAAUUAAAUUAAAUUUCUUUGAGAAUAAUGGACAAUAUUUGGCAACGAAUAAAACAAAAACAUUACAGUCGAAUGAUAAUCCUAUAUCAAUUAAUCCAAUAACGUAUGAGUGUACAGCAUAUGAGAAUCUCUAUGCGAUAGGACCACUAGUCGGAGAUAAUCUAAUAAGAUUUUUGCAAGGUGGAGCAUGUGCUGUGGCUGCUAGUCUAUUGAAAAAACUGAAACCAACUAGUAGAAAAAGAUCGAUUACUGGAGCAACAAUAUUAUCUAGACAUAGGUGA